AUGGGGCCCACCCUGCCGUGGCUCCUGUGUGGUUUGAUGUCGGCAGCGUUGGCCCUCAACCCGGACGACCCCAACGUGUGCAGCCACUGGGAGAGCUAUGCAGUGACGGUGCAGGAAUCCUACGCCCAUCCAUUCGACCAGGUCUUCUACACCCAUUGCACAGACAUCCUCAACUGGUUCAAAUGCACCAGACACAGGACUAGUUAUAAGACUGCCUACAGAAGAGGAGUGAGGACAAUGUACAGAAGACGUUCUCAGUGUUGUCCAGGCUUCUAUGAGAGUGGAGACCUUUGUGUCCCGCUGUGUACGGAGGAGUGUGCCCAUGGACGCUGUGUGUCUCCGGACACCUGCCAGUGUGAGCCGGGCUGGGGGGGAGUGGACUGCUCCAGUGGUUGCGAGAGUGACUUCUGGGGGCCGCACUGCACCAACCGCUGUCAGUGUCAAAACGGGGCCAAGUGCAACCCCAUCACGGGCGCGUGCGUGUGCACGGACGGCUACCAGGGCUGGCGCUGCGAGGAGCCCUGCAGCCCGGACCUCUAUGGUAAAGGCUGCCUGAUGGAGUGCCGCUGCCUGAACGGCGCCACCUGCCACCACCGGACCGGAGAGUGCCUCUGCGCGCCAGGCUACACCGGAGCUCUCUGUGAGAAGCCAUGUGCCCCCGGUACUCACGGCAUCCAGUGUGGGAAGCACUGCUCCUGCCAAAAUGGUGGAACAUGCCAUCAUGUGACGGGGGAGUGUUCCUGCCUCCCAGGCUGGGUGGGUCCAGUGUGCGCCCAGCCAUGCCCAUUCGGAUCCUUUGGUAUGAACUGCUCGGAGCAGUGCAUGUGCCGCAACGAAGGCCUGUGCGACCACAUCAGCGGCCAGUGCCAGUGCACGGCGGGCUACACUGGGGACAGAUGCCAGGACGAGUGCCCGCUGGGCUCCUACGGGCCCCAGUGCGCCCACAAGUGUGACUGUCAGAACGGGGCCAAGUGUUACCACAUAAACGGGGCGUGCCUGUGCGACGAAGGCUUCAAGGGUCCCAGCUGCCAGGACCGGUUCUGCCCCACCGGGCUCUACGGACUCAUCUGUGACAAGUACUGCCCCUGCAAUGCCUCCAACACACUCAGCUGUCACCCUCUGUCAGGAGAGUGUACUUGUGCAGCCGGAUGGGCGGGGCUGUACUGCAACGAGACCUGUCCGUCAGGUUACCAUGGUGAUGGCUGCGGGGAGCCUUGUGCCUGCGCCAAUGGGGCCGACUGUGACGGUGUCACUGGAGCGUGUAUGUGUGCACCAGGGUAUACGGGUGACGACUGCUCUCUCAGCUGUCCCCCAGGCCUCUACGGAUCAAACUGCAGCUCCACCUGCUCCUGCCAGAACUACUUCUCCUGCUCCCAUGUUGAUGGGGCCUGCUUCUGCAGAGAAGGCUGGCAGGGGUUGGACUGCUCCAUUCCGUGCCCCAGUGGAUUGUGGGGGCUGGGCUGUAACCUGACAUGCCCGUGUCUUAACGAGGCAGCGUGUGACCCCGUUAACGGCACCUGUACCUGUUCUGCCGGCUGGAGAGGCGAAUACUGUGACACGCCCUGUCCCGAGGGGACACAUGGACUAGACUGCAGGCAGAAGUGUGAGUGUCUGAAUGCUGAAGGCUGCGAUCCGGUGACCGGCCACUGCCUCUGUCUGGCCGGAUGGACAG